AUGUCUGCCAUUCGCUACAGCCGGACUGCCAGAGUGCAGGUCCGCAGUUUCACAACCUCCCCGAAUCUUCGCGUCGGACCCGAAUCUCCUCAUUUCGUUGAUAUCCCUCAAGUCCUUCAACCAACCAAUGCGAGCAAGCCCAGAGUUAAGGGUACUCUCCCAGUCCCUCGCGAGCUCUUCCCGAGCCGCCGAACAGACAAGCCCGGAAAGAUGUACCUCGAUGCCGUCACACCCGCCCCCAAGACCGAGCGCAAGGUCAACGUGAAGAGCAGUGAUCCCGAGAAGCAGGCCUUCAAGAUUAAGAUGGCGGAAUUGCGGAGAGAGAACCUCCGGGAAGGUCUCGAGGGUCUAUACAAGCGGAAGACAUCGGCGGAGGCAGUUAUGUCUCACCGAAGUCGCGAAAACCAGAAGCGACGAGAGAGUGUUCUCCGACAAUCAGAGCCAGAAGAUGAACGCUUGACGCGGUCCUCAAUUGUACAGGCGAUGCAGAGUCAGAAGCAUGUCUUGGCCGACCCCAACCGGGAAGAACGCCUGGCCAUUUCCAAGGCCCGUGUUGAGGCUCAGGAGGCACAAAAAAGUGCUGAGCGACAGGAUGAUCUGCACUCGCUCUACAUGAGUGCCCGUACUUUUAUUACCACAGAAGAGCAGCUUUCUGCUGAGAUCGACCGUGUGUUCCCCGACGGUGAGAACACGGCCUGGCGUAACGACUGCCAGCCUGGUGACAACAUCUGGAACCUGGGUACACCUCCGACCGUGCAGAGUAUCGUCAAUGAGUCUCGGAAGAGCGAGGUUGCCCGUUGGGACGUCCUCCAGGGCCGAGUCAAGAAGCUCGGUGAGCAGCUUACUGGCGGAAAGCUGUAA